UCCAAGGAAACCGAACCCUGAGUACAUGCCUGGAACCUCUGCAAUCUCGUACCACCCAGAGACUGGGGUGGCAUGCAACACUGGUGUAAGAAAUGGGAUUUGUGUUUCCUGGAGGAGGACCUGUGAGUGAUGUGUGCCUGGGUCAAGAUGGAGGAUGAACAGCAACACUCCUUCAGGCUGAUGCUCCAGCAGAAACUCCAGCAACAAAUUGAGCGGUGUGGGCAAAUGAUCCAGCAGCAGAGCCAGUGGUUUGACAAAAUUAAGCAGCUGCAAGAAGAGUGUGUGAGAACCCUCCUAGGGGAGAAAAGUGUGACUCCAUGCAAGGUGAGGGCCCUGCCUGACCAUAUGCUACAGGGGGUUGAAAAUGACCCAGAAGCCUGGCUGCAAGGCACCCAGAUGAAAGGGGUGGCUGAAGAGAUCCAGAGGGUGGAUGGGCAGGUGAUGGGCUGGGACUGUGAAGAGGUUCAGUUAGUAGCUGAAGGCAAGGGGGAAGACAACACCUCUGAGAAAGAUGAGCUGGCUGGAGCUGAGGGGCUGCUUCUGAUUUAUUUCUCCACUCCCUGGAUAGGCACCUGGAACCUCUGGAAUCUGACACCACUCAGAGAUUGCGAUGGCAUGCAACAAUAAUAUUUCAAAAUGUAACAUCAACAGGAACUUGAAUUCUUUAUCAGAAAGUGCUGAAAUGUGUAUGCAAUUGAGAACAGAAAAAUGAUGGGCAAAGGAAAGGUUGAGUAGCCCCAUCGCUUCCUGUCAUAUUCCCUCUAUCCAAAGCUGUCCUUCUUUAAAUUGACUGUCUUCUAUGGCAAAUCUGUUACACAUAUUUGCAUGUAAAGGCAGUUAGGCCUAAGAAGACUGAUGAGGUGUUAUUUUUAACAUCUACUGUUAUCCAUUAGGCAAAAGAUGCUUCAUAGGCUCUUGAGUUUGAUGGAAUCUGUAUGAGGCAAAAUGACUAUUUGCACAAAAACAAUUUUUGUACACUUUCCACCAAUUUAUCUGAUCCCUCCACCUGUGCCUGUUAGAUCAAUCCAUCAACCUCUGAUGGAUGAUUUAGAAAGGAUUGAGUCCAGCAUCACUUUCGCUGCACAUGUGUUCUAGUAUCCAUACUCAGCAGAGUUCCAUCUCAAUGCAGCUCCUCCCUUGGAAGCGUCUUUGGGGUUGAAGGUACACACAGUAGGCAAUAAACAGUCAUAGACAUAAUAAAGAUUCAGUCAAGUGUAGAGGUUUACUUGACAGACAUAAAAACAUAUUGGUAGCAAAUAUAUACAGACAUUCACCACUGCCAUGGUCAAGGCAUGCUUAGAGUCCAACAAUAUUCAACACAAAAAACAGCGGCAAUUGGUUGUUGACAAAGUACAUCUGGACAUAUAAAGGGUCCCAUUACCUUCAGUAGCUUAUGGCCUCAUCAAACCUACCGGUAAAUCCGGCCCUGCAUAGUGCUCAUGCUCAUAGUUACAGUUCCAACAGAAAAUGUCCUUGCAUGGACAAAACAGUCUCAGCCUUCUGCUGCUGCUUCUCUGUUCUCUGUUUCUGGAACAAAUGAUUUUCACACACUGAGAGACUAUCCAACAGUGCCUAUGAAACUGAAGGGUGUAAGCUAUCCAAUCACCACAUUGUCAUGCUGGGGGAAAACUGCACCUGCUGGGUUUUUCCUAACAAUCAUUUUAUAAAAUACCAAGAACUUCUGUCAAGAAAAUGGUAUCGAUUAUAGAUAAUGUAUAAUCCAUGCUUUCACAACAUAUCCAGUUGAGUGAACCCAUAUAGAGGUAGAAUCCACGUACUCUAUGCUCAGUGCAAUGUCUGCAUAGAACUUAAACAUAUACAGAUCGUUUGCUUUGAAAAUGGUCAUACCUUCUUGAAGGAGCAGGUUAAUAGUUUGACUGUGCUCCUGGAUCUACCACUGUCACUACAGGCCCAGGCAACCUUAGUGGCUAGGAGUGCCUUUUAACAGCUCUGUCUGAAAGGAAGCUACAGCCAUUUCUGGGCUGGAAUAGCCUGACAACAGUUGUCCACGCACUGGUAACCUCUAGACUGGAUACUCUUAACACAAUCAAAGUGGGGCUGCCCUUGAGGUUGACCCAGAAACUGCAGCUAGUGCCAAAUGUGUCAGCUCAGCAGCUCAAAAUAUUGCCAUCACAUUACUCUGCUGUUGAAAAAAUUGCCCUGGCUGCCAAUUAGCUACUGGGCUAAGUUCAAGGUGCUGGUACUGGUUUACAAAGCCUUAUACAACUUCAAACCAGGAUACCUAAGAGAUCAUCUUAUUCCCUAUAUUCUCAGCCAAUCACUACACUCCUGCAUAUACAAUCUUAUACAGUGGUGCCCCGCAAGACGAAUGCCUCGCAAGACGGAAAAACCGCUAGACGAAAGGGUUUUCCGUUUUGAAGUUGCUUCACAGGACGAAUUCCCCUAUGGGCUUGCUUCGCAAGACGAAAAUACCUUGCGAGUCUAGAGAUUUUUUUUUUCGCUUUCCCCCCCCUUUAUCUAAUCUGCUAAGCCUUUAAUAGCCUUUAAUAGCCUUUUAGCAGCUAAUCCCCUAAGCCUUUAAGCCUUUAAUAGCCGCUAAACAGCUGAUAGCGCUAAUAGCGCUAAUCCGUCAAUGGGCUUGCUUCGCAAGACGAAAAAACCGCUAGACGAAGGCUCUCGUGGAACGGAUUAAUUUCGUCUUGCGAGGCACCACUGUAAAGACAUCUGUUUCACACAAUAUUGGAAUAGGGUCGUAGGGAGCACCUAUUUGUAACUCCCUCCCAUUACAUAUCAGACUGGUGCCGUCGUUAUUGUCUUUCUGUUUUAAGACUUUCCUCCUUCAACAAGCCAUCUAAGUGGAGAUCCUAGUUGGUAUCUAUCGCAUUUGACAUUGUUUUACAUGUUUGCUUGUUUUAUAUAUAGGCAAUUGUUCUCUAUAUAUUCUUAUUGUGCAGUGAAUUGCUUUGAGAUGCUUGAUAGAAAGUGAUUAAUAAGGUAUGUAUGUAGGCCUCUGUCUCCAGGAUUUGAAAGUUAUCCUCACUCCAUAGGGUUUCUGCUCAUGCAGAGAAUGAUUCCAGGUUUUAGGAGGCUCCUGCAACAGGAGCUGCAGCGGUGGUUGCUGCUGCCACCCAGCAACAAUAAUGAUGGCAGUGGGCCCUGAUGGGGCCAUUAGGCUUUGGCACAUGCCCAAGUGUGCUGCAUGCCAGGCCUGGUGUCAGCCUUAGAAAGCCCUAUUACAUUUUUUAUCUGAACCGAAAAUGAACCUAAUCUAAUGCUAAUAAACAUUUGGAAAGCUGAAGCAAAACACUAAGAUCUGUUAAGGAAAUUGAAAUUACUCUUCUUUUUUAAAAUGUAUUUUUUAUUAAAGAUUUCUUGGUUUACAAAAGUAUGUGCUAUGUCUCUUUUUUCAAGUUACCAUAUUUUUCGCUCUAUAACACGCACCCGACCAUAACACGCACGUAGUUUUUAGAGGAGGAAAAUCCGUAGGCAUGCCACCCGUAGGCAUUCCCUCCAUAACACGCACAGACAUUUCCCCUUACUUUCUAGGAGGAAAAAAGUGAGUGUUAUGGUGCAAAAAAUACGGUACAUUUUAUACAGAUCAUACCCCACCCCCACCCACCAUGGCCCCCUCCACCUCUUCAAAUUACUCUUCUGAUCUGGUUCAUGAUCUGUAUUCUCUUUAAGUAGAAUACUGUACUGACAAUCCAUUUCAAAGCAGGAAUGUACAAGGCAGUAUUUAAUAAAAACAGUCAUGCAUUUGUGUUCCUUUUGCAAAGCUGGACAAGACCCAUAACAAAAAAUCAAGGAGUGUUUAUGGGAGGUUAUUUGGACUUGUAUAAGUUCCACUUAUAUGCUAUAAAAAUGUAAGAAAAGUCCUGUUAAAUCAGACUAAAGGCCUCCCUAGUCCAGCAUUCUGUUCUCAAAAUGGCUAACCAGAUGCCCAUGGGAAACUUACAAGUAGGACAUGAGCCCAACAGCACUCUAAUAUGACUUUUUUUGUGGGGGACUCUCUUCUGAAAUAAAGCUUCUAUAACUGUGUCCCUUGUUUAACACUGAAUACAUUUUUAAACAGAAUUUGUUUGAAGGCUCACUAAUAAAGUGAUUGUGCCUUUUCUUUUUUGUACACAGACACAAGCUUUUAUGCAUCAAACUUGGGUAAGCACCAGAUGAUUUUUCACUGGCAGCAAAGACCCUAAUUAUCCUUUUCUAAUUAAAAGGUUUGUGGGAGCAUUAGCAAAGCAGAGAGAUGACUAGCAAUUAAUGAAUGGCUGACACAGCACAUGCAAGCACUCUGAAAAAGACACUGAACCCACCAUGAAGUUUCUCUACCACAUUGUUCGUUUUGCUAGUGCACAGGAGUGAGGGAUGUACUUCACUUAUAACCAACAUCUUAAAGAGAACACUUAGCAAAUUGCCAGCAUAGCAAGCUUUUUACAUUUUUAAUUUUCUAAAAUAUGUAAUAAUUGCAGGUAAAUUGGCAAAAUGCAUUAACAUUUCCUCUCUCUUUUCGUCUGAUAAAAAAAUAAAACAUGGGAAAUCUCUUCAGGGCCUGGACUAAUCUUCCUCCUCAGCUGACGCCCACAUUUUCAGGUGGUGCUUCAAAGGAAUGUGACAUGAAAAUCAACUAUGUCUUCACAACCAACACAGACAUCUAUCAGCCCGUUGUUAAGUUCAAGCCAUGGGUGUCUGCAGGUAGGGUAAGGAGAAGCACUUCCCAUCACCCAGAUGGAAAUCUCCAGAUUCCGAGUGUUACCAUUUUAAGAUUAAGUUCCUAGGACCUGAGAUAUAUGUGAGGCAGAAACUGCAGACCUCACUUGGUUUCUGCGAAACUAGCCUGAUGGUGCCGUUCAGUGCUUUUAGCUAAUGAAUGAAAUCAUAGCAAUGAUUUGAUACAAUGGAAAACAAACAUGGGCAAUUAGACAACAAGAAGGCUAGAUUGAAACACCUGCUGCUUAUAGACUCAAAGAGAUGGAAGCUUUUGACUUGUUUUCAAGCCUUUUCUGCUAGGCUUUCCUGCUGGACUGCUGUCCCACAGAAAACAAUUCAGAUAGCUCAGAUAUUAGUGUACCUGUGAUUUGAGAGAAGCCUGUCAACCCAAAAAUAAAUGGUAACAGCAAAGAGAGGAGUUCAUGAUCUUUCUGAGAUCUUAUAGGUGGAAAUGUGAUUUCCUCCCUCCCUGAUGUUUGUAAACAUUUUCUUCUGCCAUUGCCAAUGCGUGUUAAAUCCAUACAUUAUGCCCAUCCUGCAAGGGAUUGGGCUGUAGCUGAGACCAUGGAUUAUGCUCCUUCAAAGUAAACCAGCAUUGUUAAACCCAUUUCGCUAGGGAGAGAGGAUUAGAGUAGUGUAUGUAUUCCAGUUUUAUUAUCCUUGCACAUUGAUGGUUUUUGUUUUUUAGGGAAAUACAGUGUUUGGCAGGGUUGUAAAGUUGAUUAUAUAGCAGUAGUGCAAUUAAGGGUUGGAGGAGGAUGAAGACUUCAUCAGUGAGUAAAAGGGUAUUUGUUUGCUUAUUUUAUUAGAUUUCUUACCCAAUCCCUGGGUGAGUUACAAUAAUAAAAUACACAACUAUAAAACAAAUAAAACAGUUGCAACCAUAAAACAAGGAAAGUGCCAAACAGUUUCAUGUAUAAAACAAUUAAAAACAAGUCCAUAUAUAAAACAAUACCAACAUUUAAAAUAAGUCCAUAUAUAAAAACAUGUUAUCUGGACCAGUCUACUUGUACAGACAGCAAAUCUACUCAUUGAGAACCAAUGAAGGGGUAGACUGAAAAUAAGUUUCUCAGAAACCAGAUCUACCCAGACCUCACCACUGUUCAGUCAUCAUAUACACCAGAAAUGGCAACCUGCCCUAUGCACCUAUGCACGCAUGCAUGUUUGAAUGUAUACAUAUGAGAAGUCUCAGAAGUCAGAGUAAUGUAACUCUUCUUUGUCUUUCUCCACAGUAGCAGUGUUAGCUUUUAUGAUGCUGAAAGGCAGGGUAUCUCCUACUCUCCCAUGUAAGAUUGCGUUCCAUUGCGUAUCACAGUAUAGUUUGCAGUUGAUGCCUUAUUCACUUUUGUGUGAGAGAGAAAGUGUAUGUGAAACGACAGCCUGGUGUUUACACCCAUCACCCUUGACUGCCAUGAAGAUAAUAUUCUGCAAUUACUGUAUUGUGGUUUGUGAUGUUCUACAUAGCAAUUAGUGUACUCCAUGUUGCAUAAUGGUCUGCUUGUGCAAGAUGUCCCAUAACUAAGCUUGUUUGUCUACUAAGUCAAUCAUAAAUGUACAAACCAUGUUUAUUCUUUUCUAAAAUAUUUUAAACAGGAAGUCUUCUACUUACAGGAGUUGCACAGGAACUAGUAACACAGGAUGUCUUACAGAAGGCCCUGUAACACAGGAAGUCCUAGUGUAACACAAGAAAUAUUACAAGAGGCCCUGGUUGUCUCACCUCCAAAAGAGGUCUGGUUGUUGGAAAUGUGAAAUGGGGUCUUUUCUGGGCAGUACCUGGUUGUAGAAUUUCUUCCCAAAGGAGGUGAAAGUAUCAGGGAUGCAGGUGGCGCUGUGGUCUAAACCACUGAGCCACUUGGGCUUGCUGAUCAGAAGGUUGGCGGUUUGAAUUCCCCACAACUGGGUGAGCUCAGGGUCCCAGCUCCUGCCAACCUAGCAGUUCGAAAGCACACCAGUGCAAGUAGAUAAAUAUGUAUCGCUGCGGCAGGAAGGUAAACUGUGUUUCAUGCUGGCCACAUGACCCAGAAAGUUGUCUUGUUUGUGGACAAACGCCAGCUCUCUUGGCCUGAAAGCAAUAUGAGCGUUCCAUAGUCGCCUUUGACUGCACUUAACCUUUCAGGGGUCCUUUACCUUUACCUUUUCCCCUGGUUAUGGAAUUUCUUCCCAAAGGAGGUGAAAGUAUCAGUGGGCAAUGAAAACAUUCUUAUUUCACAAGGCUUUUAGUGGUUUUUAAUACAGUGGUACCUCGGGUUAAGUGCUUAAUUCGUUCCGGAGGUCCAUUCUUAACCUGAAACUGUUCUUAACCUGAAGCACCACUUUAGCUAAUGGGGCCUCGGGCUGCAGCCACGCCACCGGAGCACGAUUUCCGUUCUCAUCCUGAAGCAAAGUUCUUAACCUGAAGCACUAUUUCUGGGUUAGUGGAGUCUGUAACCUGAAGCAUAUGUAACCUGAAGUGUAUGUAACCUGAGGUACCACUGUACAGUAUUCAGUUGAAGGUUUUAUUACUGUUGCUUUUGAGGCUUUUAUUGGUUACAUUGUGAUUUUUGCUAUUUUAUGUGAAUGGCUUUGUGGGUCCUUAUUACAGAUUAAAUAAUUUACAGUAUAAUCCUAUGCCUUUUUUUGUCAAAAGUACAUCUCACUACGUUCAGUAGGGCUUCUGCUCAGGAAAGUGGGCACUGCAAACCCCAUCAUCUCUGACCAUUGGCCAUGCUGACUGAGACUAUUGGGAGUUCUAGUUCAAUAUCUGGAGGGACACAGGUUAGUGACUCCUGGUGUAUAAUAUUGCAUUUAGAUAUAAAAUUAUAUUGAGGUUGCACCAAGUAGAUAGAAGAGGGUAUAGAAAAAAAAGAUUAAUAGUGUUAUUUGAAUGUUUUAUUGAAUAGUUAUUACUUAAAUGUUUAAAAUUGUUGUUUUUGACUGUUUUUACUGAUAAUUUUCUUAUUUUACUCUUUGUAAGCUGUUUUGAGGUUCUUGGGUUUUUUCUUUUCUCUUUUUACAAUCAAGUGGUAUAUAAUAAUGGGGAAAAAAAUGUUUUGAGCUAAUCCUGAAAAUACUUAAUGGUGAAUGAUCUAGAUCAAAACACUUUCCUUAAUGUGAAGGUGCAAUGGACUUUUUGGUAAGCUGAGAUUCAGAAGUUAUCAAUAUUUAUUUUAAUGAAAUUGUAAACAAAAUAUUAAUUUCAUAUCGCCUAAGUUUUAUGCUUAGAAAUGAUAAUUUGUAUCUUGUUUAAUGUUUAUGUAGGUUAGCCUCUCCCAGCUUAAUGCCUUCCAGAUGUUUUGGACUACAAUUCUCACAUCAUCUUUGACCAUUGGCCAUGGCUGCCUGAAGGGAGUUACAACGUAAGAAUUGAUUGAAAUUUUCAUUCUUAAUCAUAAAACUUAGGGAAUAAGAAAUUACAAUUCUGUUUAGAUUGCAAUAAAAGAAACAUUGAUAACUUCCAAA